CACCUGUUUAUAGCCGGAAGUGAGCGCACAGCUAGCCGCGGUUCGUAUGAGUUUUAAAAACCCGUCACAUAUUAUUUAUUAAAACGUAAAUCGCUCAGCUGUAACUGACGUCAUGGCCAACUACAGAGCUUCGGAAUCGAAGCGAGAGCAGUUUAGGAGAUACCUGGAGAAAUCUGGAGUUCUGGACACUUUAACAAGCGUUUUAGUGUCGCUAUAUGAAGAACCAGAUAAACCCAACAAUGCACUGGACUACAUCAGACUGCACCUCGGGGCGACGGAGCCCGCCGACGCCGAGGCCCUGCGACAGGAAGUGGCUGACCUGCAGCAGAAGUUCCACCUGCUGAUGGAGGAGAACAGAGAGCUGAAGAACAGGCUGCUGCAGCUCCAGCCUGAUGAGGGCUCUGCAGCGUAGCGGCGCGACACGAUCCGAACAAAAACUGCUGAACACUGGAGUCUGUACAGAAUGUCAACGUUUAUUACAUCACAACAAGAAAACUCUUUGAUUUAUAACCUUCUGAUUGGAAAUAAACGUGUUUUUUUUCUUAA